CACGGCCUCAGCAUGAAAAACACAUCAAGAGACGUCUUUCCGCCUCAGCUCAAGGGCAAGCGCGUGCUGCUGGCCACCGAGUCCUUCGGCCCUGUCAACGGAGUCAGUCGCACGACGCUGAGUCUGGUUGAGUAUUUGCGCGAGAACGGGGUCGAGCUGGCUGUCGUGGCGCCGAAAUAUGAGGGCAGCCAGGCGAGUCUACAGGCUCAGACAAGGAAGCAGAAUUACCAGAGCAAUGAACUCCGUCUCUCUGGCUAUCCGCUCCCCUACAACCCAGACCUAACGGUCGUGUAUCCCUUCCGUCUCGACGAGGUCUACCGCCAGACCUUCCAGCCGGACAUUGUCUACCUUGCCAGUCCGGCCUCGGUGGGUUUCCAGCUGCUGCUGCAGAUCCGGCAGCUGCUGCGCCCGCCCGUCGUGCUGCUCAACUUCCAGACCGACCUUGCGGCCUACAGUGAGAUCCUGCUACCGCGGCCCUUGGCGCUGGGUGCCGUCUGGCUGCUCGCCAGCGUGCAGGGCUGGCUCUUCCGUCACAAGGCCGUCCACACCGUCUUUUACCCCUCCUCAGGCAUCUUUUCCUACCUCGAACAGGCGGGCGCCCCCGUCGACCGGCUCGUCAAGCUCGGCCGGGGCGUCGACACGCAACUCUUCCACCCGAGCCGGCGCGAUGAGGCGUACCGGCGCCAAAUCGCGCCUAACGGCGAGAUAAUUCUCGUCUGCGUGUGCCGCAUCGCCCCGGAAAAGGGGUUUGAGUUUCUCGCCCAAGUCGCCGCUCGUCUCGUGCAAGUCUCCCUCCCCUUCAAGAUGCUCAUUGUAGGCGGCAACCGCAACCCGGCCGUGGAGGCACAGGUGCGCCGCCUCUUCGAUUCGGUCCGCGACCACGUCGUCUUCACGGGCUUCCAGAUGGGAAUGGAUCUUGCCCGUGCGUAUGCCUGCGGCGAUCUCUUCCUGCACUGCUCCAUCACCGAGACAUUCGGGCUCGUCGUGCUGGAAGCCAUGGCGAGCGGACUGCCUGUCAUUGCCCGUGACCAGGGCGGGCCCUCGGAUAUCGUCCAGGACCAGCGAACGGGCUACCUGGUCCCGCCCUCCGACCUCGACACGUUCGUCGAGCUGGUGCAGCGGGUUUCAUGCGACGAGAACCUGCGCACCAACCUGGCGGCCGCGGCAAGACAGUACGCCGACGAAACCACCUGGGAGAAGAUCAAUCGGCGGGUCGCGUGGCGAAUCGCAGAUGCCUUUGACGAGCACACGCGCCGCCAGACCACCCGCCGGCCCAUUUUGGACAUUGUGGGCAAGGGGUAUCGACUUAUCGAGCGCCUGCGCCUGCGCGUGGCCGUGCUCUUCAUCUGGUUCAUGUGGAUGAUUUCCGUCGUGCCCUUGAUUGUCCACGGCAGCAAGAUUGUCCCGCGGGCGCUGCAGAUGAUCCGGGGGGUUUCUACGAGUAAAUAGAAAGUUCAUGACUAACGCA